CAGCAUCAGAAGCGCAGGGUUCGAGCGAUGAGGAGUUUGCCGCCUCCGGCAGUUGCGAUGGCAGCAGCGCCAACGCCCCGGUGUCAACUGGAAUUGCCAGCAUCAUCGCGGUGCUUCUGCUCGGUACGGGGCGCUUGGAAUCAAGCUAUGGAACAAUGUAGUUGAUUUAUAUUUAUUUAUAGGCGAAUUCAUUUCCAAUGCGGAUGCAACUCUCAUCAUGGCCGCUACAGGGCCCAUCUCAUCCGAGUUCGAUCGCCUGCAGGACGCCAACUGGUUAUCCACUGCAUAUACACUGGGCCUGUGUGCUGCUCAGCCGAUGUAUGGGAAAUUAAGUGACAUCUAUGGUCGGAAGCCUUUGCUGCUCGCGUCUUACUUCUUUCUGGCAUUUGGAUGUGUCAUUUGCGGCGUGGCAAGUCUCAUGUCAGUAAUGAUUCUCGGUCGUGUCAUUAGCGGAAUCGGCGGUGCAGGUGUCAUGGCAAUGAGUUCUAUCAUCAUCACAGACAUUGUACCGAAGCGGGAAGUGGCAACCUGGAGAGCCUAUGUGAACAUCUCUAUGACUCUCGGUCGCAGCAUUGGCGGUCCCCUUGGAGGAUGGUUGACCGACACGAUUGGAUGGCGCUGGCUUUUUCUGCUCCAAGCCCCAAUGAUGGCGAUUGCCGCUCUGUUGGUCAUCUUUCUCCUCCAGCUCACACGUCCGCGGAUCACUCCCCUGUCUGGCGACAACUCGUCGUCUAUCCGGCGUGUAGACUUCCUUGGCACUGCCUUGCUCGCUACCAGCAUUGUUGGGAUAACUCUCCUCUUCGACCGCGGCGGACAGGCCUUCCCCUGGAUAUCACUCUCUGCCCUGGCACUGGCCAGCAUUGCCCUCGUCACCCUCGCGACAUUCGUAUACGUUGAAACCUACGUUGCUCUAGAACCUAUCUUCGACCUGCGGAUUCUCCGUCGGCCCAAUGUCGUAUCUAGCUACUUGAUCGGAUCUCUGCAGAUCUGCGCCCAAAUCGGCAUGAUGUUCACGGUACCACUGUACUUCCAGGUCACCGAAUCCGCAUCAGCCACCGUCGCCGGCGCACAUCUCAUUCCUGCCGUGAUCGGAAACACGAUUGGUGGGCUUAUGGCAGGUGCAUUCAUUCGGCGCACAGGUCAAUACAAGCCCGUUGUCGUCAUGGCUGGGUUUGUUGCGUCAAUUGCGUACGUCCUGCUCUAUCUCCGCUGGAAUGGCCACACGGGUUUCUGGGAGUCCCUUUACAUAUUCCCGGGCGGGAUGGGCACGGCUUUUGCCUCGGCCGCCGCGUUCGUCACUAUGACCUCGUUCUUGGAGCCCGAAGAGGUCGCGAUGGCGACGGGAGGAUAUAUUCUUCUCUUCAGCUUUGCCCUGACCGCCGGCGUAACUGCUGCGAACACAGUCCUGGGCUUGGAAUUCAAAAGGCAAAUGGAGCUUAAGCUCUCUGGACCAGGAGCACAAAAGAUUAUUCAACGCGCCAUGUCCGACACGCAGUACAUCGCCGGUCUGAAGGGCCAUGUCCGACAAAUUGUCGUGGGAAGCUACAUCGCUGGUCUGAAGCAUACAUACAUUAUCUCCUUUGCUUGUUCCAUCCUGGCCUCGAUUAUUGGUCUGGCCGUUCGAAAUCAUCGGUUGUAGAUCCGAGUCUUAAGACAUGAAUAGAAUAUGAACCUCAAGCCAUCCUUCUUCUCAUGAUCAAGUUUAUUUGAUAGAGCUGGUCCACUUUAGAAAGGAAGAUAUUAGUAUGACUCAAAAUGUAGUACUUGAUCCAUAC